UCUUCUGAAGCUAGCUACAGUUUGCUUCAGCAUAGGUCAUGAGUGACAAUAUAAUUACAUUGCAAUUCUUUGCUAUCUUUAAUGAUACUUUUGCUCAUGUUUUUAUGAAUGCAAACAGAGUGGGGACCAAUCAGGAACCCAUUGCAAUGAUUCUUCAGCCCAUCAUUUUCAAUUUGCCUUUGUACUUCAGUUCAAAAUAUCACCCACUUCCAGUCCUACCUAAAAUACCAUAUUAACUAUGAGGUCAAGAAAAGUUUUAUUAGUAGCAGACAAUCCUUUUGAUCACAGGUACAGCUUGACAUUUAGUCAGUCACUAAAUAAAUAUUAUCUAAAUUCCUUUUAUGUUCUAGGCAAAAUUCUAAGAAGUGGAGGACACGAUUAGAAAAUGAGAUAAGGUAUAAAAUGAUCAUGGCAGUACCAGUGGGAAGCAGAGAGUGACAUCACAGCAGUAUAGAAAACAGGCCAUGGGGAGACUGAUAUGGUUCCUUCUGAGCAGAGACAAGAAGGAAGUAGAGAAUGGUGAGAAGAGACUGGAUGACACGUGACUCCAUUAGACUGCAAAGCCUGGUAUUAAAGAAAGUUUCAAUGUUGAGUUUGGGAAGGGUAGCCUCAGAUGGUCUCAGAAAGGGGCAGAAGAAGACUAUGAUGGCUCACCAGUCUUCCUCUUGGAUCUUCAUCAAUGAAAGGACAUUCAUUACCAGGGAACAACUUAAUUCUUUACUGAAGACCUAUAACUUCUUUUAUAGGAACCAGAAAAAUCUGCAUAUUUUAUAUGGACAGACUGAAGAUGGUAAGCUAAUUGUUGAAGGAACGUUGGACAUUUUCUGGGGAGUAAAACGGCCUAUCCAGCUGAAAAUACAAGAUGAGAAACAAAUCCCUUCUUUCAGUGUGCUGGAGUCACCGGGAGCUUUUUCCAAAAGGGGAAUGACACGCUGGGGACAAUUUGAUGAUCUUUAUCGCAUUAGUGACUUGGACAGGGAUCAUAUUCCAGUGACUGGAGGAACAGGUUCCCAGGAAGACUAUUUAUCUUAUCACAGUAGCACUCUGAAGCCUCAUGCAAACGAAGAGCCUGAAUCUCCAUUACUCUACAGAACUAUGAGUGAAGCAACCCUCGUGAGGAAAAGGGUGAAGCCUCCGAUGGUGGACAGAAAAGACAGACAGAAGCAUAGGGCCUCUAUUAAUGGACACUUUUAUAACCAUGAAACGUCAAUUUUCACUCCAGCCUUUGGAUCAGAAACUAAGGUCAGAGUAAACAGUAAUAUGAGAACUGAAGAAGUAAUAAAGCAAAUUCUCCAAAAAUUUAAGAUUGAAAACAGUGCCCAGGAUUUUGCACUGUACAUUAUUUUUGCAACAGGAGAGCAGAAACGGCUAAAGAAGACAGACAUUCCGCUGCUGCAUAGACUCCUACAGGGACCGUCCAAAACAAAUGCUCGCAUUUUCCUCAUGGAUAAAGAUGCAGAAGAAAUUAGCAGUGAUGUGGCUCAGUAUAUUAACUUUCAUUUUUCUCUCCUGGAAUCCAUCCUUCAAAGAUUAAAUGAAGAAGAAAAAAGAGAGAUCCAAAGGACAGUAGCAAAAUUCAGUACAGAAAAGGCAAUCAUACUGAAAUAUCUUCAAAGUAAACGGGUAAUAAAAACAGAGACAACAGUUUAGCAUUACAAGUCCUAUUGCUAAGACACUUCAACAAAAUUAGAAGGUUUUAGUACUAUUUCAGUGCAUAAAUUCUAUACUUGCAUUAAAAAAAAAUAUGUGAACGUGAAUCUAUAGGAAAUUGAAUGUACGGCUUGUCUCUCUCUGAAGUGAAGAGGUUAGGUCGGAUUCACAGUUGGACUGAAAGAAACUUGAAUUUAGUUUCAGUAACUAAAAUAAGCUCGGAUACUAUGUAUUCCAAAUAGUUUUUAGAGUAAAACACUCAGUGAACUUGAAUUUAAAUGGUAUCUUAAGAUACCAUGUAGCUUAAGCUUAUUUAACUUCAACUGUCAAGAGAACUAUCAUCAACUAGCUCUCAGAAAUGAUUCAGAAGUAAUAGCUUCCAGCUCUUGAAAUAUAAUAUCAGCCCAUUAUUAUCCCACCAAGAAAUCUGAUGGUGAUGGUAUCUCACAUUUUCUUAAACUCUAGCCUUUUCAUAAAACCUAGGAGUGUCUUUCCAUCCUUCGAGCUAUCUAUAACAUCAGAGCUACCUGUCCUUUGGGACAGAAAACGUUAUGGACUCUGUUAAGAAAUCCAAAUCAUAAUUCUCUCAACCCGAGCCCUUAUUUUCUUCCUCCCUCUGUUCUACUGAUGAAUUUCAAGUGUUCUUAAGAUUUUUCUUAAGUCAAUUGAACUAGUUUUCUUUAUUUUUCCAAACAAACAUAUCACAGAGAUUUAAUGUAUUUCAUCAGCUAGGCUAAGACUUGAUCCAUGAUAACCGUUUGUUGCUGAAUGAAUACAGAAGAUAAGGCGAAGCUGUGGGAUCUGAAGUUGGGCAGGAAAUCUCGAGCUCUGUUCUUUUUCUUCAAAAUAACUCAUUCUACAAGACAGGGCUCAGGGUCCUUCAAGUCCACUUCACCAGUCUCAAAAAGCACUGCGAAUGCCACAAGUAUCACCUGCGAUUUUACUUAUGAACUCUGUAUUAAAAUGGAGACUUAUGCAGCUUUUUUCCAUUCUACUACUAGUUCUAUUUGCAUUCCUCAUAAGCAUGGGACUCAAUGGACUCACCAACUCAAUGGACAUGAGUUUGAGUAAACUCCAGAAGUUGGUGAUGGACAGGGAGGCCUGGCGUGCUGCAGUCCAUGGGGUGGCAAGAAGUCAGACACAACUGAGUGACUGAACUGAACUGAAUAAGCACUGGAUUAAAUUGAUUGUAUUACACAUACUAUAGGAUAAGGUUGAGUGUAGUAAACCCAGUUGGAAGAUCAGUUAUCAAAAUAUGAAACAUGUUUAAAACAAAGUAUUACUUUGUUUUAAUGUCACCAAAUCCCAAACUGGAUGAAAGUAAAAGUGUGCUAUGAACUUUCCAGUCCUAGGAAAUCUCCUUUAUUGAAUAAGACAGUGGCUUGCAUCUUUAUCCUUUUAUCUAUGAGUUAAUAAGAAAGUCUCAACUUACUAAAAUAAAGCAAAUGUAGUGGUUAAAACUCAGUAUACUUAUUUAAAGUAGUCUCAAGUAUCUGCCAUAAACAUGACAAAAGAUUUAUCUUUAAUAUCUUGAAAGUCUACAAAAUGGAAAAAAAAAUAAUAAUAAUAAGUAAGACACAUGGUCUGAAAAGUAAAAUUGCAGAAGAGAAAAUGCAAAUAGCUACUAAGUGUGUGGGAAAAGUUGUAUCUUAAUAGUGAUUGGUGGUAUUAGUCUGGGUCUAAUGAGGAGACAGAAAUCACACAGUCAUUUAAAUGGGGGUUAUAAUUUAAUAUAAAGAACUAUUUAGCUGUGAAAAUAGGAGAGUAACUAUAAAAAUGGAAAGGGAACUCUAAAGGGUACCCUAGUCUGAGGAAGAAUACCCAACUACGGAAAAGCUUGGAGUAAGGAGUUGAAAUGCACUGAAGAAGGUGUGGCUGCAGCCCAUUGCAUAAAGGAAACGUCCUCUGCUCCCAGGACACAGCAGGGCCAUAGGCAUAGGAUAAGCAAGAACAACCCUCUGGAGUAUGGAUCCAGUGGGCAAGCGAGCACAGGGGCUUCUCUGCGGGCGCAAGUGUCCGUGUCUGGAGGGCUGCAGGAAAAAAAGUCUGGAGAACAGGUAUGCUGAGGCUGAGGGGUAGGCACCCGGAAGAAGCCAGGGACGCUGCUGCCAGUGCUGCUGGGACUGUGAGCUGCGGGAACCAUCUCUGCAGGAACCUAGUACAACUCUAUGUAUGCCGUGGGCUGUGGCAUCUUUAAGGCUGCAUGGGACAGAGAUGGGGCAAGUGGCUUACUAGAUGCUCAGCCCCACAGAGCACUCUCUGGGAGCGAGCACCAAGGUGAGGUAUGGAGAGUAAUGAUCUGAGUUAGAGCACAGGACUGUAAGGGGCUCCAGGCUGUGCCACCACAAACCAAAUCAAGAGCUACAAAAGGGGUUGCGGGAGCAAAUGCUAAAGAAAGCUGCACCCCACAGGCAACUAGCGCUGAAGAAACCAUUCUGGGAGGAGCCCUGGAGGAAGAAAGUCAGCUUCCCGGGAACCUGGCAUGCCAGCCCCUACGAAUCAGGAAAGACCUGCUUUCUCCUGCAGUGCUUCUCCAGCGCCCUCUACUGGCGAAGCAUGAUAUCACGUAGGCUGCAAAGGAAGCGUAAAAUGCUCUCUCCUGCUGCAGCUGGGGCCCCAGUAAAGCCCAGCCUGAAAAUAAAUUAAAUAAUGGUUUCCACGUCCAGUUUCACAGAGCCAACAACAAAAAAUGAAUUUAUAACAGAGAGGCAAUAAAAUAACUGGUAUGUCAACAAAAUGCAAAGUAAGAAAGUGAAAUUGGUCUACUAAAAAGAUGAAAAAAUGAUAAUAUU